AUGCCAAAGUCAAGUCUGGUCAAUGAAGGCCAUUCUCGGAAGUGUCAGAACACUCGAGAUUUCGAUUGUCCAGAGAGACAACGGAAACCUAGAAGGAUUUCUAGGGGGACCCAUCAUGGACUUGAUGCGGUUGACUCAGAAUUGGAAUAUGAUUCUGAAUAUUCGUCCGGAUGUGACGGGAUGCACGCCAUUAGGCAGUGUGAAAGCGGACGGGAAGAGAUCCCUCCGGUCAAGCUAUGUGUCGGGUUAAAUGACAUGGAAAUAGCUUUGGAGCUCGAUACAGGAGCUGCCAGGACGGUAAUACCAGAAAGGGUAUGGAGACAGAUUGGUCGUCCGGAAAUUACCAGGUAUACCGGGAUACUUCAGGAAUAUGGCGGAAGUCCAUUAGAAGUUAUUGGUGCUGUGCGGGUAAAAGCCAGCUUCCGGGGUCAUCAGGAGAUGACUGAAAUCAUUGUCGUGAGACGUCACGAUUGCCAACCGACGUUGGGACGGGAGCUCAAGUUAGAAGCUUUGCUUCUAAGGGUACGCCAAUUGUGUCCUUUGGACCUAGGCACCAUUCGGAAAGGUAUAAGCCUUUGGCAAGAAGAUACCAGAAUGGAACCCAAUGCGUCAGUGGAAGGAAUGUGCCGUUGGAAGUUCAGAUCCUCGAUGGAAGCCAGUUCCCGGUCCAGUCCAGAAUCUCAAGCCAUCCAGAACCCAGGGAAGCACGCAUGCUCGUUCGAUGGAUGUGGAAGUGCCAAGCCGUGCCCGACUUGA